CGAGGCGCGCUAGAGCCUGGAGGUGGAUAAUAGCUGGUAGAGCUCGCUCUCUCUUAUGCCAUGCUGGGCCAGGAGGGCUCCGGGAGACAUGCAUUCACCAAUAUCCGGGUUGGAGGAGAGGAAAAAAGUUUCAUUUAAACCUUGGACGAGCAACUUUCAAUAUGAAACCCAACUGACACCGACGCGACGCUGUCAGCGACGCAUUUCACAUUUGAAUCGACAAAAAUUACAGUGCUAGAACAAAGCUUCGUUUUUCCAUAGAAGAUUUUUUUCUUGCUUCUGUUUUCAUCCGUCUCUUUUUCUUGUGCGAGUAGCCUAUUUGAGGGUCACUGUUUCACUGACACUGUCAUAAAUGUUGAAAUGAUGAUGGCUGCGCAAGUGGCAUCAGCUCCAACAAGAACUAAUAAUAAAAACAAAAAAUUGUCGGGUACUUUAAGUCAAGAACUAAAUUCCGGAAAAUCGGGAGGAGGAACUGUACAACGAACUGGAGCAAUGCUUGCAGCUGGAGAUGGGGCUAACACAAUGAAUAAUGUAGACCAUCACCGCCGAAACGAGAACAAUAUGGUCAAUUCAACUUCUACUAAUAAUUCUGACACACGGGAGAAGGAGAGUGGAAAUAAUAUAACGUCUAUGUCGUCGUCUAAUUCGAGCACUGCCUCGUUGGAAACGGGUUUGAUAGCGAAUCAUAAACUGAAAAAUGUUGGUAGCGGAGAUCCCCCUCCGUCUCAGCACCAGCAGUCGCAAUUCAACCAAUUUCCACAUCAGCAGCGUCAGAUACAAAGUAACAACAUCAACAACAACGGGCAAGGUGCGCGGGGAGACAGGCCUAAUGACAGCCAGCAUCACGGUGGGAAAGAGAAUCUAUUGGGGGGACAUUUAGAUCAGCAGACGCUGAGCAAGAGCGAAGGGGACCAUACCUGUAAACCGGGGGAGCGGAUGGGCGCCAGGUACGAGCAUGCCAACACGGGACCAACAAACAACAUUAGCCGACAGUCCCCAAGUGCAGGAGGGAACAACGCAGUUUCUGAGUUUAAUAAUUACUAUGGUAGUUCAAGGCCCUGUUACGAUCAACACGGUGGACAGCAAAGCACUGGAAUAGGGAUAAUGCACUCUUCAGCUCACAAUAGUAUGGAACCCGUACACAACUCCCACGAAGGAUACCACAACAGCCAGUAUAACCACUAUCCGGCGUAUCGAGCAGGCUACGGUGGCGCUGGCUACGGCAUGAUGGGUCCUUCAAGGCAGGGCAAUAACAUGUUGGUGGGGCCUGGCAGCAACACUUCAGCCAGUCAUGUGAAAGCAGCAAUGGGAGCUGCCUCUGUGCCUGGUGGUAAUGUAGGGGGCUUUCAAAGAUUCCCUGGACAAAGUCAGCACCCCUCAGGGGCCACUCCGACGCUGAACCAGCUGCUGACGUCCCCAAGUCCAAUGAUGCGAGGUUACGGCAGUGGCUAUCAAGAUUACAGUGGUCCCACAGCACAACAACAAGCAGGUAUCGCGCUGGGUAAAGACAUGAGUUCUCAGUAUGGACCCACGAGUCAUGGCUGGGGAGGACAACAGAGAACCCACCCCUCUUUGAGUCCUGGAAACGGAGGUCAAGGUAUCAGCAGAACGCAGGUGGGGUCAAUGGACUUCAUGGCUAUGAAGCGCUCCCAGAUCUAUGGGAUGGCCAACAACCCAUACUCUCAACAGCAACAGGGUGGGCCCUAUCCCAGCCAGCCAUACGGAUCGCCCUCUCCACACAGAUACCCAAUGGGGAUGCAGGGGAGGGGUCAGGUGGCCAUGGGCGGGAUCCAGUACACUCAGCAGCAGCAGGUCCCGCCCUACGGUCAACAGGGUAUGGGUGGGUAUGGCCAGCAGCAAGGAACGCCCCCAUACUUCACCCCUCCCCAGCAGACACCUGUAGCCCCCUCGCAGCCCCCCUACCUGCAGUCUCGAGGACCACCACAACAGGAGGCCCCUCAAGAGAGCUACAACAACCGGAGCCAGGCCCCAGGGAACUCUGGGAAGGCCAACCAUGAGGACAUGGGUCUGAUCCAGCAGGAUCGCCCCUCCAGCCUGCCGGACCUCUCUGGCUCCAUAGAUGACCUCCCCACAGGGACAGAGGCUGGUCUUAGCUCAGCCGUCAGCGCCGCAGGCUCCACCAGCAGCCAGGGGGAGCAGAGUAACCCUGGUCAGUCGCCCUUCUCUCCACACGCCUCGCCACACCUCCCCGGCCCGCGCAGUGGACCCUCGCCCUCCCCCGUGGGCUCACCGGCGGGCUCCAACCAAUCACGCUCCGGCUCGGGGCCCAUCUCCCCCGUCAGUGGACCAGGCACCGCACCAGGGUCCCAGAUGGCCCCCCAGACCCCUGGCACCGUGACUGAUGGCCCCCAUUCCCCCAUGCCUCAGGAGAGAGGUAACUACCCGCGACCCCCCAACUAUGGUGGCAGCCCCAGUGCCAACUACAGCGUCCCAGGGCCUGGCAUGACCAACAGCCUGGGAAUGAACGCCAGCAGCCCCAUGCACGGCCAGGGACCCGGGCAGCCCAUGCCCAUGGGCCGCAGCCCUGGGGCAGGGAGCCGGACCUACCCCAACAUGGCUCCCAGCUCCCCCAGCAUGCCUCAGACAGCCGGCCCAGGAAUGGGGCCUCCUCCUCUGGGCAACGCCAACCGCAAGGCCCAGGAGGCAGCGGCCGCCGUCAUGCAGGCCGCAGCCAACUCUUCACAGAGCAGACAGGGCAGCUACCCUGGCCCUGGCGUGAAUCAGGUGGGCACCAUGGGCUCCGGCGCCCCCUACAGCCAGGCUGUGGGCAACAACACAGGCAUGGGAACACCACAGGGCCAGCACUACAGCAUACCACCCUCAGGAGGGACAGGGCUGGCUGUGGAUGGGAUGAUGAACCCAGAGGGAAAGCAGAAAGCAGACACCAAGGAGGAGAGCACCCCCCCUUCCAAUGAGACCCAAAAACCUAAGCUCCAGGACAGCUACAACAGUAGCCAGUGUGUGUCCCAGCCCCCCACCCCGGGUGCCCUGCCUGUGCCCUCGCCCCUGUCUCCCAGCCCUGCCAGCCUGUCCUCCUACCACGGGGACGACAGCGACAGCAUCAGCAGCCCUGCAUGGCCCAAGACCCCCUCCAGCCCUAAGCCCAACUCCUCCACCAUGACCAGCGAGCGAAUCACAAGGCUGUUUGACAUGGGCAGUGAGCCGGAGCGCCGUGGCUGGGUGGAGCGCUACCUGACCUUCAUGGAGGAGAGGGGCACACCCAUCCCCCACCUGCCCGCUGUGGGCAAGAAGCCCCUGGACCUGUGCAGACUCUAUCUGGCCGUCAGAGAGAUAGGAGGCCUGGCUAUGGUGAACAAGAGUAAGAAGUGGCGAGAGCUGUCCUCCAGCCUGAGCGUGGGCACGUCCAGCAGCUCCGCUAGCUCCCUGAAGAAGCAGUACAUCCAGUACCUGUUUGCCUACGAGUGCAAGGUGGAGCGAGGGGAGGAGCCCCAGGCCGACGCCCACGCCACCGGGGGAGACAACAGGAAGCAGGCCAAGGUGCAGCCGCCCUCACCUGCAAACUCUGGCUCCCUCCAGGGCCCCCAGACCCCCCAGUCAUCAGGCAGCAGUUCCAUGGCCGAGGCAGCAGGGGACCUGAAGCCCCCCACCCCUGCAACCACACCCCAGGGUCAGAUCACCCCUGUGCCAGCCAAUAGGAACAGUGUUGUCAGUGUGCAGGACCCCUUCUCUGAGGUCAGUGACCCGGCCUUCCAGAAGCGCAACUCAGUGCCCCCUGGUGGAGGAGGUCCAUACCAGCAGGGCGUCAACAUGCCUGACAUGAUGCUGAGGAUGCAGUACGAUGCCAAGGACCCCUUUGCUGGCAUGAGGAAGAUGGCAGGGGGCGAGCCCUACAUGGCAAGCCAGAUGCCCGGUGGUGGCAUGCAGGAGAUGUACGGCAGGCCUGCAUCAGGGAUGGGCAUAGCCCAGUGCUCACAGUACCCCUAUGGACCAGGAUAUGACAGGAGACCAGACCAUGUCAUGGGAAUGGAGGGAAGCAUGGGCCCCCCCGGCAGUCAGAGCAACAUGGGACCCUCCAAUAGCGAGGGCAGCAUGUACUCCUCCAGUAGAUACCCCCCCUCCCAGCAGAGACAUGAUGGAUAUGGGCAGCAGUACCCUGGCAUGCCCUAUGGGAUGCACCCCUCAGGGAUGUACCCCCAGCAACAGGGCUACAAGCGCCCCAUGGAGGGGAUGUACGGAGGCCCACCAGGAAAGAGACAUGAAGGGGAGGUGUAUGCCAUGCAGUAUGCCAACCAGCAGCCCGACAUGUACGCCCAGUACAGCUCUGGCUACUCGGGUCCUGAGCGCAGACCCAUGCAGAGCCAGUUCCCUUACCCGUACCCUCGAGACCGCCUGCAGGGGCCCCCAGGCUCGCACCCCCAGCACGCCAUGAUGAGUGGAGGAACCCCCAACAAUGUUGGAGAUGGCCCCCAGCCUAACAUGUGGCCCUCCAGAACAGACAUGGGCUACCCCUACCCCAACCGACAGGGGGGGCCAUCCCAGAUGACCCCCUACGGGCCAAUGGGUCGAGGGGACGACCUGGAGGGUAGGAUGGGGCAGGAGAGCCAGUGGCACCGUCAGUCUGCUUAUAUGUCCUCCUCUGGUGGGAUGCCACCCAUGUCCUCUCGCCAACCCCCGUCACCCUAUCAGACAUCCCCGUCCAUGGCCAAUCACCUCCCCCGAGCCCCCAGCCCAGGUGCAUUCCAACGCUCUAUGGAGGUGCGGAUGUCCCCCAACAAAGCGGCCUUUAUGUCCUCAAUGAAGAUGCCCAAGCCGGGGAUGCCAGGCUCACAGGGCAAUGGGCACAUGGGUCAGAUCCCUCCCAACCUACGCAGAGACCUCAACUACCCCCUGGGUUCUGUGGAGUCCACCAUGCCCCUACUCAAGCCACGGCGCAAGAUUACCUCCAAGGACACUGGUACCCCUGAGGCCUGGCGAGUGAUGAUGUCACUCAAAUCAGGCCUAUUGGCUGAGAGUACAUGGGCCCUGGACACCAUCAACAUCCUGCUGUAUGACGACAGCACCGUGGCCUCCUUCAACCUCUCCCAGCUGCCAGGAUUCCUGGAACUCAUCGUGGAGUAUUUCAGACGCUGCCUGAUUGAGAUGUUUGGUAUCCUGGAGGAGUACGAGGUGGGCACCGUGGGUCAGAAGACCCUCCUGGGCCCCGCCGCUGAGCAGGGGGAGGAGCCAACCUCUGACAUGGAAACAGAUGGUGACAACCAAUCAGAGGCUGUGCUCGUGCAGGAGGCGGAGACGACGGAGGAGCAACCCACUGCGGUCACAGAAGAAGCCGCGUCCGUUGUCACAGAGCUGGUCCCUGAUGAAAUGAAGGAGGCGUCAGAUGCUGAGGUAAAGGUAAAGAAAGAAGAGGAGAAUGAAGAGGAAGUGGAGAAAGAGAAAGGAGAGGGGGUGAGUGAAAAGGGGGAGGAGGCGAAGGGAGACUCUCUCGAGCAUUCCGAGUCAGAACUGGAGCCGAGGCCUAAGCAGGCCAGCAAGUAUGACAAGCUGCCAAUCAAGAUCCUCCAUAAAGACCACCUGAUUGAGGAUAUGUCUGAGCAGCUGGGUCAUGUGACCGAGUUCAGCAGUGGACUUCAACACUGGCAAGCCGGUGGAGGCGACUCCACCGCCCACAUCCAGACGCAUUUUGAACCUAGGGGUGGACAGCCAAUCAAAACCCAGGAAGAGUCUGAUAAAGAGACCGUGCUGAAUAAGCAGAAAAGCGAGUCAGCGUCAGAAGAAGAGAAGCAGAAAGAGAGAGUCAUCACAGCCACCAUUGAUGACGUGCUCUGUGCCCGACUCGGUGUUCUCUCUGAAGGUCACCCAACCCACUCCUCCCCUACCUACCCCUUCAGACUGCUCCCAGACGGGGGUCUGGACCGCAUCACCCUCCUGGAGGAUGAGCCCCGCUGCCUAGAUGAGACCCCUCUCUCCACCUCCCAGCCCUGGCAGGACUCCCUGGCCAAACGCUGCCUCUGCAUCUCCAACAUCGUCCGCAGUCUCUCCUUCAUCCCGGGCAACGACUCCGACAUGUCCCGACACCCCAACCUGGUUCUUAUUCUGGGGAAGCUCCUCCUGCUGCACCACCGGCAUCCCGAGAGGAAGAGGGCGCCACCUAGCUACCAGAGAGAGGAACUGCAGGAGCAGGGAUUAGCAUUUAGCAAGGAUGAGUGGUGGUGGGACUGUCUGUCCCUGCUCAGGGAGAACACUAUGGUGACUCUGGCCAACAUCUCCGGCCAGUUGGACCUAUCUGUUUACCCAGAGAGCAUCUGCAUGCCCAUUCUUGACGGCCUGCUGCACUGGAUGGUGUGCCCCUCGGCUGAGGCCCAGGACCCUUUCCCGUCCGCGGCGCCCCACUCCCCUCUCACCCCCCAGCGGCUGGUGCUGGAGUGCCUGUGCAAGCUGAGCAUCCAGGACGCCAACGUGGACCUGCUGCUGGCCACGCCGCCCUUCAGCCGGCAGGAGAAGCUCUUUGCCACGCUGGUGCGCUACGUGGGCCAGAGGAAGAACCAGGUGUAUCGUGAGAUGGCGGUGGCCGUCCUCUCCAACCUGGCGCAGGGCGAACCUAUGGCGGCGCGUGCCAUCGCCGUGCAGAAGAGCAGCGUGGGUAACCUUGUGGGGUUCCUGGAGGACGGGGUCAGCGUAGCCCAGUACCAGCACAACCCCCACAGCCUGCUGCACAUGGGACACCGACCUGUGGAGCCACCCAGCGUCAACAUGAUGUGCAGAGCUGCCAAGGCUCUGCUGGCCAUGGCCAAGGUGGAGGAGAACAAGUCAGAGUUUGUGCUCUAUGAAGGCAGGCUACUGGACAUCUCAAUCUCCUCUGUGCUCAACUCUAGCGUGGCUGCCAUCAUUUGCCAAGUACUCUUUCAGUUUGGAAAAUUAUGACAGGAGGAGAGGUAGGACUUGUGUUGAUGGACGCUGAGAAUGACAAGUUAAUUCUGUGGUUUUAUAUUUUUUAUUUAAGUGAAACGGAAGGAAAAGGUUUGUUUUUAUAUCAUAUGAAUAUAUACAAAUACAAAUAUCUAUAUAUAUGUAUAGCUCCUGGGCCUCAUUUACACUUUGGUUUUGUGAUUUGAGAAAUGAUUUUAAUACAGAUAUUUAAUACCUGCUGUCGUUGAUAUGUUUGAUCAAAGAAUUCUUUGUUGUUUUGUUUGUUGUAAUUUGUUUCACCAAAGCUGUUGCCGGAUUUUGGUGCUGAUUCUUUUGGUUUCCUUUUCUCUUACAAAAAGGUUUUUUAGAUUUAUAAUCACAUAUGAUAUCAUCCUGUGUGUUGAGGUUGGUUAAGGAGGGCAGAAGUAUUUAAUUGUGAAACAUUGUACAGUAGGUAGAACUUUUCUUGACACAUGUUCUGGAAAAAGAUUUUUACACAGAAAUGUAAAUGUUUCCAUUGCUGGAAAAAUAAAUAUGUGCAAUAGGACUAGUGCAAGUUGUCCCUUAGAGAGCAACUAAAAUAUGUGAACCUUUUGAAACACAGGCAAUGUGUGCUUUUGACCAUGGGUAGGCAGUGUUGCCAAGCAUCAGCCAAGCAGUCCAUCACAAUUUGACUCACUUUGAUGUUAAUAUCUUUCCUAGUCACUACCUGUGGGUCAACAUUUACAAAGAAAUCUUGUUUCUUAAGCACUUGCAUUAUGUUUGUCUUCUUUCCUUUUUUAACUCAAGUCACCACUAUGUAAAUAGACUGUUGUAUAUCGGGCACACCUGAUUCUGUACUUUCACAAUCAAAAGUAGUGUCACUACAAAAAAAGAUGAAACUUCUGAUUGAUAUGGCAAAUGCUUUUAUUAUUGGUAAGAUUGGUUAUUGUUAUUAUAUGUAUUUUAUUAUUGGAGUCAAUAUUUGGAAAUGGAGGAUGUAUAGGUAUCUGUAUGUACGAAGUUCCUGUAUGCAUUGUAUUAUAGCUUAAAGCUGAUCAAAACAAUCGCUUUGGUAAAUCAGAUGUGGAAGUGCGAGGAUCAGGGGUCAUAGCUGAGGUUACAUAGGAAUUGUGGACGUAUUUCCUUUCUUCUAUGUCCUCCGUUAUUGUAAAUGGGCAUAUUUUUGAGCCGAGGCAUUGUAGUUCAAAAAUAAAAAGAAGACACACCACAUCCA